UGUUUCACCAUGUUCCGUCUGGACUGUGGCUUCCUGCCCUUUGUAUAGGUUUCUCAUGAGAACAAUGAGGUGUUCUGGGAUGCCCAUUUCCCUAAGGAUAUUCCACAACUUGACUUGGUUGAUGCAAUCGAAGGCUUUUCUGUAGUCAAUAAAUCACAUAAUGACUUCUUUUUUGUAUUCUUUGGCUUUCUCCAUUAUCCAGUGUGCAUCACCAAUGAUGUCUCCUGUUCCUCGGCCUUUUCUGAAACCAGCUUGAACAUCAGGCAUUUCCCUUUCCUUGUAGGGCUCUAAUCUGUGUUGGACAAUCCUGAGCAUUAUUUUGCUAGCAUCUGAAAUUGUGCAAUGGUUUGCGCAAUCUGUUAAGUCUCCUUUCUUUGGUACGGGUAUCUACACUGACCUCUUCCAAUCUGUUGGCCACUGUGUUGUUCUCCAAAUUUGCUGGCAUAGUUUGGUUAGAGCCUUGACUGUUUCUUCUUCUAUUGCCUACCAUAUUUCUGUAGCUAUUCCAUCCAUUCCUGUAGCCUUCCGACUUAGUAAUGACUUGAGUGCUGAUCUAACUUCAUCUUCGCGUACUAGAGGUUCUUGCAAGUAGGGAAUAUCAUCUAGAGUACAUUGGAUGUUGAUGUCCCUGCUGUACAGGUUUUCAGUAUACUCCUUCCAUCUCUGUUUGAUCUUCUCUGAGUCAGUUAUUAUCUGUCUUGUGGCAUCACUUAACAUACCAAUUCGAGGUUGGAAGCUCCCUCUGAGUUCUGAGAUCUUUUGGAAAACUGUCCUUGUUUUUCUGUGCCCACCCACACAUAGACUGGGUAAAUUCACAGUCAGGUAAUGACAAAGAGGCCAAAUUUCUAGAUAGGCUGAAUGACUGUGGCCUAGAACAAUUGGUCUUGGAACCCACCAGGGUGAAGGCGAUCUUGGACUUAAUCCUGAGUGGCACCCAGGACCUGGUGCGUGAUGUCAGUGCCAUCGACCCUUUAGGGAACAGUGAGUAUAGUGCCAUCAAAUUCAACAUACAUGCGGGGAGAGAAUAACCAAGGGAGUCUAACACAGACGUUUUGAAUUUCAGAAGAUGAAACUUCUUCAAAAUGAGGAGUAUGGUGAAAAGAAAGCUGAAAGGGAAAAUCAGGAGAGUCACUUCGCUCCAGAGUGCAUGGAGUUCACUCAAAACCACAAUACUAAAAGCCCAGUUAGAUUGUAUACUCAAAAGGAGGAAAGGUACCACUAAGUCCAGGAGGAUCCCAGCAUGGCUAACAGGUACCGUCAAGGAAGCCAUAAAAAGGAAGAAGACUUCCUACCGAAAUUGUGAGUCCUAUCCAAAUGAAGAGAACAGAAAGGAACACAAACCCUGGCAAAAGAAAUGCAAUGUGACAAUAAGGGAGGCAAAAAGAGAGUUUGAGGGAAAUUUAGCCAAAAGUAUCAAGGGGAAUAACAAAAACUUCUUUAAAUACAUCAGAAACAGUAAACCUGCCAGGGAGGUGGUUGGACCAUUAGACAAUGAGGGAGUGAAGGGGAAUAUUAAGGAGCAUAUGGAGGUUGCAGAGAAGCUCAAUGUGUUCUUUGCGUCCAUCUUAACGGCAGAGGAUACUGAGUAUAUACCUGUUCCUGAACCAGGCUUUUUGGGGAUGGCGGCUAAAGAACUGGGUCAGGUAGAAGUGACAAGAGAUGAUUAUCUAAACUGUCUGGAAAAACUGAAAACUAGCAAAUCUCCAGGGCCAAAUGGCAUCCAUCCAUGAGUCCUCAAAUAACUCAAAUGUGAAAUUGCCGACCUCCUUGCUAAAAUAUAUAACUUAUCCCUGCAAUCAGGCUCUGUACCAGAGGUCUGGAGAGUAGCAAAUGUAACACUAAUUUUCAAAAAGGGAUCCAGGGGCGAUCAGGGAAAUUACAGGCUCGUUAGCUUAACGUCCAUUCCAGGCAAAUUGAUGGAAAGCAUCCUCAAGGAUAAAAUUGUAAAGCACAGGCCCUGCUAGGAGAGACACAGCAUGGCUUCUGCAAAGGUAAAUCUUGCCUCACCAACCUUUUGGAGUUCUUUGAGAGUGUCGAGAAGUGUGUGGAUCAAGGUGAUCCAGUUGACAUAGUCUACCUGGACUUCCAAAAAGCUUUUGACAAAGUUCUUCAUCAAAGAUUCCUGAGGAAACUUAGCGGUCAUGGGAUAAGGGGACAAGUACAUGUGUGGAUUGCUACCUGGUUGAAAGACAGGAAACAGAGGGUAGGGAUAAAUGGAGAGUUUUCACGAUGGAGGGAAGAAAGAAGUGGGGUCCCCCAGGGAUCUGUACUGGGACCGGUGCUUUUUAAUUUAUUCAUAAAUGAUGUAGAAGCAGGGGUAAGCAGUGAGGUGGCCAAAUUUGCAGAUGAUACUAAACUACUUAGGGUAGUGAAAUCAAAAACAGAUUGUGAGGAGCUCCAAAAGGAUCUCUCCAAACUGAGUGAGUGGUGACAAAAUGGCAAAUGCAGUUCAAUGUAAGCAAGCAUAAAGUGAUUCAUAUUAGUGCAAAAAACCCAACUUCACAUAUACACUGAUGGCUUGGGGUCGUGGUGGAUAGCUCACUGAAAGUGUCAACUUAAUGUGCAGCAGCUGUGGAAAAGGCCAAUUCCAUCUUAGGGAUCAUUAGGAAGGGGACUGAAAAUAAAACUGCUAAUAUUAUAAUGCCCUUAUACAAAACGAUGGUGCGGCCACACCUGGAGUACUGCGUACAAUUCUGGUCACCACAUCUAAAGAAGGACAUUGUAGAACUGGAAAAGGUGCAGAAGAGGGCAACCAAGAUGAUCGGGGGCCCCGCCUGGAGCACCUUGCUUAUGAGGCAAGACUACAACACCUGGGACUAUUUCGUUUAGAAAAAAGACUGCGGGGGGAGGGGGACAUGACAGAGGUCUAUAAAAUCAUGCAUGGUGUGGAGAAAGUGGAGAGAGAGAAAUUCUCCCUCUCCCAUAAAUGCUAGAACCAGGGGUCAUCCCAUGAAACUGAAGGUCGGGAAAUUUAGGACUGACAAGAGGAAGUCCUUUUUCAUGCAAUGCAUAAUCAACUUGUGGAAUUCUCUGUGUGAAUUCCAUGUGGUGGAACGUGACGUGGUGACAGCGAACAACCUGGAUGGCUUUAAGAGGGGUUUGGAUGACUUCAUGGAGGAGAGGUCUCUCAAUGGCUACUAGUCGGAGGGCUGUGGGCCACCUCCAGCCUCAAAGGCAGGAUGCCAGUUAAGGUUAGGAUGCCUCUGAGUCCCAGUUGCAGGGGAGUCACAGCAGGAUGGAGGGCCUGCCCCUUUCAACUCCUGCCUGUGGGUUCCCCAGCGGCAUCUGGUGGGCCACUGUGCGAAACAGGAAGCUGGACUAGAUGGGCUUCCUUGGGGGGCCUGAUCCAGCAGGGCUGUUCUUAAGUUCACCACUGGAGUCAGCCUCUGCCCUUCAUGCCCCCCAGCUGGAUGGAGGAGGCAAGCCGCUCCCCAGACAACCUUUGCUCGCCUCCCUCCCCCCCUCCCCGCCAGGCACAGCCCAGAGCCCCACACACCUGUGCAAGGGUGGGGCAGUCUCGAGAUCAGGGCCCAGUGGAGGGGGCGGAGCUGGAGAAGAGGGAGCUGGGCCCAGAAGGCCAUGGCUGGCCGGGCGGCUGGGUGGGGGCAGCCUCUGCCUGUCUCUCUUCUCCUGAGCCCUGGUGGUGUGAUGGGGGGGGGGCGCGUGAGAAGCAGGGCGGGUUCCUCCCCGCCCACGUGCAGCCAGCCAGGCUCCUGGGCUGCCAGCACCCUGCCCUCCCCCGCGCCCAUCCCUCAGCGGACCCAGGAGUCCGGGCACCUGGCGCCUCCCCGGCAGCCCGUCUCCUUAUCGGCCGCAUCUGCCCUCCUGACUCCGGCUCUGCUCUGGGGCCAAAGUGCAGACCGCCGGGCGGGACGCGUCGGCAGAGGCAAGGAGCCUGCUCGCUCGGGCGCCUCUUCCCCAGAGUCGGACCAGCUGCUCCUCCGUCCGUCGGCGCGGGAAGAUGUCCUUCAGGGAGCAGCUGCAGGCCCUCAGCGUCUUCCAGUGGGUCCUGACCUUCCUCUUCUUUGGCAUCUUCUUCGCAAGCCUCCUGGCCUACCUGCUCUUCACCCCCUAUUGGUCCAUCACAGUCCUUUACUUUGCUUGGUGGAUCUGUGACUGGGAGACCCCAGAGAGAGGGGGUCGCCGGAGUGACUGGAUGAGACGGUGGAAGAUCUGGGAGCUCCACAGGGACUACUUCCCCAUCAAGCUGGUGAAGACGGCCGAGCUGCCCCCCACGCAGAACUACAUUCUGGGCUGCCACCCCCACGGCAUCAUCUGUGCCGGAGCCUUCUCUGCCUUCUGCACCGAGGCCACCGGCUUCUCCCGCACCUUCCCUGGCCUCCAUCCCAGCCUGGCACUCCUGGCCGGCCUCUUCCACCUGCCCGUCUACCGGGACUACAUGAUGAGCUCUGGGAUGGUUCCGGUUAGCAAACGGGCUCUGGACUACUUGCUGCAGGCAGGCCCUGGCCACGCCGUGGUCAUUGUGGUGGGCGGCGCAGCCGAAUCCUUAGACUGCGCUCCUGGGGAGCAGCGCGUGCGUCUGCGUGGGAGGCGGGGCUUUGUGCGCCUUGCGCUGCAGCACGGGGCUGACUUGGUGCCCGUUUACUCCUUCGGGGAGAACGACAUCUUCCGGCAGCUGCAGUUUCCCGAGGGCAGCCUCGCCCGCCGCCUCCAGCUCUGGUUCAAGCAGCUGGCCGGCUUCGCCCCGUGCCUCUUUGCCGGCCGCGGCCUCUUCUGCAGCCGGUCCUGGGGUCUUCUGCCCUUGGCUUCCCCCAUCACCGUUGUGGUGGGGAAGCCGCUUCCCGUCCCCUGCCGCCCGCAUCCCACAGAGGAGGAGGUCGACUGCCACCACGCCCGAUACGUGGCAGCCCUGCAGCAGCUCUUUGAGGCACACAAGGGCCGCUGUGGCCUCCCCGCCUCGCUGCACCUCACCAUCACCUAGCCGCCAGGCUGCCGGGUGGCGGGGGCUGCUUGGGCGGGAGCGCUGGGGAGGGGGCGGCUGACCGGGCAGCAGCGGGAGGCCUCCCCUUUCUCCCCCCACCCCCCAGGAAAGCCAGUGUGUGGCCUGUGGCGUGGAGGCAAGGGCUGGCCAGCCUCUCCUCCCUUUAUUCGGCCACCUCCAAGCCACCCUGGCUACCUCCGGGCUGCCCCGCCCGCACUUGCCGCCCCCCCCGUCUAACUGGUGGGAGGGGGGCCACCGCGGGAGGCCGGAGGAGUCUGCCAGCCCCCGAGGACUCCGCCAGUCACCGGCCAAGGGGCCCCCUCUGCUGCCAGCAAGAGCUCCCCUUCCCUGCCUGCCUCCCUUUCUGGCUUGCUCCCCGCAGGUGGGGGCUGCCUGGACAUGCCCAAGAGGGCUGUCCAAACGCCUUGCAGGAGUGGGGCGCAAUCACGGAAGGGAGGGGGGUCCAGGUUCUGUGGCCUUUGAGAAACGAUUUGCGCCUGGGGCAUCUAUACCAAAGUCCACAGAAACUGCAGUUUUCUAAAUCAAUCUCUUUAAUAAAUCCAAUACCAACUUCGCACAGUUCAAACAGUAAGUGGACUUCCUUCAGCAAUUGCAGCAGGAAAAUGCUUCUCGUUUGUAACAAAUAAAAAUCCACAUGGUUUGUAAA